AUGUACAAAGAAUCAGUCGUUCCUGUCAAAGCUGAAACCUUCAGUGGAGUGGCAGCUAAAAGCGCCAUAUGUUCUUCCAUCAAGACGGUGCUCCGAAGGGCUUGUGUGGAGAAACGCCUGACUGUAGGCCUUCUCCCCGCCAUUCAGUACCUGUCGAAGAACACCAAUCGGGCACUGUUCUGCUUGACGACAGAGGCUCGUCCUGGCGACAGUGCCACUCACAUGCAGGAGGUUUUACUCCAGGCCUUCUGUGUUGAGAACGAUAUCUAUGUCAUUAAGAUUGAUUCUGAGUCUAAAGUAAGGAAAAUACUAGGCUGCUGCGGGUCUUCAAUGGACUACAGCUGCCUCCUGGUACAUUAUCCAUACACAGACCCAUUUAGCGACAGUCAAGAAUUUGACUUAUCAGCAUUGUCGGAUGCUGAGAGAGAUCUCAUCGAACACUGUGAGAUGAAUUGGGGAUGCCUACAGAUCCCAGUCGUUAAGCUGCCCGAGAAGUGA